AGUUGGGGCUCCGCUGGGGAGAGCUUACGGUUGGUGCAAUCGGAAGAAGAGCCAACCAAUUACACAAGAGCUUCCACCGGCAGCACAGCGGCCGCGACACACCUUCUUUCCUCUCCGGCUUCCCCGCCCCUUCUCGCCCGCCUUCCUUGUAUUCAUACCAGAAGCGCCUCAACUCUGAUUGGUCGGAGCGUGGUGCGCUCCCAGCCAAUCACAAGCCAGGCUAUGACCCUCCGCCAGCGGGAGGGCGAAUCCCGAAAAGACCGCGUCUGUGAUUGGUCCCUCCGUGACAAGGCUUUAAUUUUGAAUUUUUCCUAUGGCGUGCGACAGGCCAGUGCCCGGACUUCAUCUCAGCCCCAGGCUCUUAGACUAGUAAGUGCAGGGGCGACUCUCGGCUACCUGGGCUCGCGCCGUCCGUUAGCGGGGCCUGUUGCUGCUUGUGUUCUUAUGGCUUAAGGAGGCAAAGAGGCAGAGCUGGUUUACCCCACAAAUGCCCACAAAGCCGGGACUGGGCUAGGCUGAAGCAUAAGCAGGAAGCUGAACCUGAAGUAGAGGAAUCAGGACUCAAUCAGACACUCGGACAUGGGCAUCUCAAGCAAGAACUUUUAAGCUCCUUUCAGAACACUAUUUGCAUAAUUUAAGGAUUGGUAAAUACAGGAAAAUGGAAGGCAGAAGGCUGGCUCUCUGGGUCAGUUGGGUCCCUAACAGAAAGACGUUAGGAGGAAAGGGAAUAGAAAGAAAAGAGAUGAUAAGGGCCAGGGAGAAGACAAGGAAAUAGAAGUUGCCAUGGAAAUCAGUAGAUUCCAGGGAUCCUUACAGAGGUCAUUGGUCUUUUCUGGGAUGCUGUCUUAAAUAUUUGUAUCCCACAAAUGUUUUGUUUUGUGUCACUUUAAGUUAAAUAAUAAAUCAAUCCUGUAGACAUCUCUUGUGCCUAAUAAUCCCUGUUUGGCCUACCUUCAUUAUUUCAGUAGGAAGAAAAAGUUAUAUAAUAGAAGUAAAGCCAGCUAUUUGUUGGUGUGUCUCUCAGACCUCUAAGUACAAUUCAGAAAAGCAUGCUGUUAAUUUAGGACCUGACAAUUAACUGCAGUAAGAUGCCCUGGAGAAUCCUCACUUCUAGAAGAGCUAUUGCUCCAGGCACUGUCACCCAUUGCCAUCAGGAGUGCCCUCUGCAUGUCCAAUGCACACUCUUGGAACCCAACCACUUGAUCUUUACAGCCCACAGCAGGGUGUGGGGCAGUUCCCCAGCCAGUGCAAUCUGAGAGCUGAGCAAGCAUAGAGCGGCAUACCAAGUGCUGGAAGGUUUCUGAGUGAACAGAAGUGGAAUGAAUGUGGAUUUUAACGGCUGAUUGUUCCUAUUCAAAUAAAUCAUGCCCAGGGUCAAACAACGAAGAAAGCUUAAAACUAAAGAUAAGAGAUCACUCAAAAAAAAAGAAGACUCUCUCUUCCAGUCCAAACUACCUCCUUCUCCACUACCCUCACCAGAAAGAACGGUUAUUUCUUCAGCAGAAAUCUCCCAUAGCAGAAACUUGCUAAGAUCAUUCUGGAACUUCAGAUUUCCCAAAGAUGCAAUAAAGCUCUGGACAAAUAGAGUAUGGUCUAUAUACAGCUGGUGCCACAACUGUGUAGUCCCGAGUUUAGAAGUGUUGAAAGACAUCAUCUUUCCAUCCCGUAUCUGCCACCGGGAACUUUACAGUCUGAAACAACAGUUUUGUGUUUUGGAAAGUGAAUUAUGCAAGCUCCAGGAAGCACUGAAGACUGUCUCAAGAAAUUCUUCCUGUUCAAACUGUGGUCACAUGUGUCUCAGGAGUGGUAAACUUAUACAAGUGCCUGCCCCUGCGCUAACCAAGCCUGGAGAAUGCCAAGCUAUACUUCCUACCACACUGCCACAGCCAGCGGGCCACCCUCCGCCCCCGCCCCCGCCUCCUCCCCCGCCCCCGCCUCCCCCGCCCCCUCCCCUCCCACCUCCUCCGAUCCCCCUGGCACCUUUGCUGUUCAGAAAAUCUGAUAGCACUAAAGCACUUCAGUCAGGACCAUUAAAAAAAGAUAGACCCAUGCAGAUCACAGUUAAAGAUCUACUGAAUGUGAAAUUAAAGAAGACACCAAGUUUUGAUGAAAGAAGGAAGCUUGAACCAUCACCAAAGUCACGGAACCCACUAGUCACUGUCUCUGACCUGCAGCGUGUUACCCUGAAACCUAACUCCAAAGUCUUGUCAUCUCGAGUCACAAAUGUCCUGAUAACUCCUGGUAAGAGCCAGCUUGAUCUACGGAAACUGCUUAGAAAAGUCAAUGUAGAGAGGAGUCCAGGUGGAACUCCUCUUACCAAUAAAGAAAAUAUGGACACAGGAACUGGACUGACUCCAGUAAUGACCCGGGCCUUGAGGAGGAAAUUUCAGCUGGCUCACCCUAGAAGCCCAACUCAAACUCUGCAGCUUUCUCCAAGCAGCUUUGAUGAACAAACUGAGGCCAACUCUGCCUGACUCCAUGUAAUAUAAUCCAUAAGCUGUACGGAGAAAAUCACCUGAAUCCAUUUUCUGUGUAGGAGGGUAUAUGUAAAUAUAUCAUUCCAUUGGAAGAAUUCGAGUAUGUAUGGAACACACACACACACUCUGGUGUAAAAGUGUGUAUUUGGUUGGAUAUUCUCUAGUUAUGCAUUGUCAGUAAAAGAACCAGAUGAGAAAACACAGUCUUUCAUCUUGGAAUUACCCAAUGUAAGUUAAAGAGGUUGUUCAAAUUAGCUAGAUAACUCUAGUUUGUACUGUACAGGUGCAGUCACGACAUUAAGAAAAUAGCCUGUCUCCUAUUCAUCCUGGAUAUUCUAGGGUAAUUGAAAAAAUAAGUAUUUUAGCCUAUAAGGCUUACGCAUUCAUUUCUACACAUUUGAAAAGGUCCUCUAUGUUUUAUUUAUAUAGUUGUUCUGUAAACAAUUAAGAGGUAAGACCAUAUACAAUCCAAAAGAAUUUGACACAAAAGGCCCAAUGUCACCUUCAAAAUUAGAAUGCACUGGAAGUGGAUGGCCAGGGCCUGAUUGCCUGCUGCUUGCUAAGGGUGUAGCCUGUGUGAUCGAGAUAAGCUGGGCUUUAUGCCUUUGGCUAAAGAUUUGCUACAUCCAUCCUUGAAGGAGGAAAGGAAAAAAACAUAAAAGAAAUGACUUGUUCAAAGUCCAAAUCCUUAUUUUAUGGGUGUAAAGUGCUCAGGUUGCCAAAAGAUUACUACGAUUUUCAGACGUGCUCACACAGAGGUUCUUUGUGUAGGUUGUGCAACAGUGUUGUGGCAGCCUACAAGGAGGAAAGGCCAGACUCACAGAAGGGUGUUGCUCCGGAAGAAAGCAACAUUAAUCGUCCAUACAACUUCCCUAAUCUGUGUUUCCUCCUAGAAAACUUUAGCCUAAGUUCAAUAAUUCUAGCAUAUCUAUCAAUAUAAAGCAAUUGUGUUUGAUUUUGUAGGGUGUACAAUAAUGAUCUCCUAUUUUUGGUGUCAGUUUUCAACAACAUUUUGAUUAUGGACAAAAAAUUAAAGAUCAUUUCUAGCACCUUAGGUAGGUAGUUUUAUCCAGCUACUGAAGUCUAAGAUAUUCCUCACUUUUGUACCUGCUGUCCACAUUCAGCUAAAUGAAAACGUCCAGAAGCCGUCAGCAUGAGCCUUCUGUUUUCCACAAUGCAUUGCCAAGGAUUGUCUGAAGUCUGUAGCAGCUUCCCUGUCCUCACCAGUCUGUGUGUUCCAUCAUCGCAGUAAUGCAUUGGAUUCUUUCCUGCCAGUCAAGGGUUGCCAGAUUUAGCCAAUAAGAAUACAAGAAUUAAAUGUGAACUUCAGAGAAGCCACAGAUAACUUUUAAGUCUAAAUGUGUCCCAUUAAACAAAAAAAAUUACUGUAUGUCCUACAUAUUAUAUGGCACAUAUUUAUACUUAAGCAAUUAUUUAUUGUUCACAUUUAACUGGACAUUCUGUGUUUCACAUAGCAGCCUUAUCAGUCAGUCCCCUACAAAGUUACCAAAGCUUCCUGAAAGCCAGAUGUGUCUACCUAGCAGUGGACAAUAAUACUGUGACCUCUGCCAGGAUCCUCAUCACAUAUGGACCAAGUAUCUGGAGGGAAAACUCAUCGUAGUGAGUGGGACUGAAGGCACAGGAUUUGCUGGGAUGUGAUAUCCUCUGCAGUCAAGGAAAGGACAGCAGCUUCUGACUGGUGGGAUUCAAAGGGUUCAGAUCUUUACUGAACUUCCUAAUCUAACAGGAAACAGCUACACACAUGAGGUCCUUGAAAUAGCCUCAGGUCUGCAUUUCUAAUAAAUGCCUAUAAUUCCACAGAAAAAUAUUGCAUUGAGAUGCCAAAUAGAGUGUUGUUAGAAAGUCACCAGGCUAGAUCGCAGACCUAGGGACAGUGUCUAGCACCUAAGAGGCAGGCCAGUUUAUAAGACCCUUAGUUAACGUUUACAACAUUCAUGGAUGAAAAUUAAAUCCUGAAGUUGAUAGGUAUCAGUUUCUUGUAAAGUUGUUUCUUUUUGAAACCUGCUAGCUAUACUUAUAUUUUGUGGGAUUAAAGGGAAUGGUCACUGAGAAUAAGGCAACUCAGUAUUUAUAAUUUUUAUGGUAUACUUAUAAUGUUCAUAAUCUCAAUAAACAACCAUGUACUGUUAUCAAUUUAAUCUAAAUGUUUUGACCAUUCUUGUGGGAUAAAGAUUUGUAAGAAAAGUGCUAUAGAAUUCAUAUCGAUAAACAGCUGCUACUGCCCUUAUGCCAGUAUUAAAAUGUGUUCUACUCUGUAUGUUUUUCUAAUUUUUAUGAGAGAUUUUAUUUUGUAACCAUAUGAGUGCCCUGUAAAUGCUGUGGCUUCGUUAAACUCUUGUGCCUCAUCCCCCCAAUGUUUAUUUUGGGUCUGAAUGACAACCAGAGAAUGUAAGCAGCCAAGGUGCAUCUGAUUCUGUUUUUAAAUAAAGAUUAAGAAAACUUGA